GUCUUUUGAGCGAUGCUUUUUGGGCGAAACAGAAAGACGUCCCGUUUACGUCUUUGUAGCUUGUAACUUUGUAUGAUGGAAGAAAAAUAACCAACAUGUAUAUGUGUACCGCGUUGAUAUUGCCAUCAUUUUUAUGGAGUUCUGUUUUUUGCGUUUGACGGCUACUGUUGCUCUGCCUCUGCUAAGUCUAAAUAAAUGUAUGAAAGAAAUGUUGGUGUUUCUCAAACAAGCGUUUUUUUGUUCUCGCCCAUGUUAAUAUUGAUAUUUUAUGUCCUUUUUAUAUUUAUUGAUUCGAUGGCUCAAAAGCAUUUUUUAAAUACUUUUUGUUUUUGCAAGUGUAACUCCACAACCCUCCCGCUAUUUUAUGUCAUAAAAAGAGCUAAAUUAUAAAACAUAAAUAUGCAAAAAUUCUGCCCAAAAACGUGACAUGUCGAUUCAACAUCAUUCACUCUAAUUUUAGUCAACGCAGCGCCGCGCCACCGCUCACGGCCACACGGGGGCGACAUCCCCCCCUCGCAUCGUACUCCAUCUUUACCUCUGGCCUCCUUCUCUCUGCCAUCUUCUCCGCGCGCCCUAGCAACUGCAGCAUCAGCACGAGCCCGUGCGGCGCUGCCGCUCUACGUCACCUCUACGCAACGCGACGUUCCGCUGCUGUUGUGAACCCCCCAUCCUCAGCCCAGCAUCACCGCUCCCCUCAGCUCCUCCUUAUCCACGGCCCUUUCGGAUUGUGUUUUCGUCUGCUGCUUUUUCCUCGCAAUAAGUCGUUUCUAUCGCCACUGGGGGAGAAAAAACACAAGGCGUUAUUCUAUUUCACCCGGAGGAUCGUAAUCGUCUAGGUUUGCUCGAGCGCAGCGUACCGCGCACGACGAGCUCCGUCUCCGCAUCGGCGGCAAUAGAAAAACAUCGAGCGACGCGGCCACCGAAGCAACGCCCCGCCGCCGCCACCGCCUCCACUGCCACCGUGAACCAAGAGGGCUCGGUGCUUUAACGCCUCUUCGUCUGCAACGCAAACCCGGGCGGGAAUCUUCGUGUUUUUCCUGCGAAUCCUUCCCCUGCAGUGCUGCUCGUGUCGCUAUCUCUCUCUCUCGCUCUCGCUCUCUCUCUCUCUCUCUCUCUCUCUCUCUCUCUGCCUCGCGCACCGCCUCAGGUAGCGGCGUCAAUAAGCUCGCAGGCUGGUUUGUGAUCGUCGCCUCAUGCCGCGCCGCUAGAUCCCAUCGCCAGCAGCAGCGGUGGCCUUCGCCUGUGACUGCGUGCGUCUCUCCCUGCGGCCGGCGGCGUGCUCCUCCCCCCCGCCACCUCCCCCCCCGCCCUGCGACUCCUCCACCUUCUCCCCCCCACCUCCCCCUCUCCCCCCUCCUCCGGCACUCCCGCCGCCCCCGCCACCCCCCCUCCCUCCGCCACCGUCUCUGCCGUGCUCCUUGCUCCCCCUCCUCCUCUCGCUACCGCGGCAACGCGUCCAGCUGUGGCCCUGUCUGGGCGCGCUCGCUGGGCCUCCCCUGAUUGGUCCGCCCUGGCCUCAGGACGACAGCCAAUACAGACACGUUCCCUACAUGAGGGACCAGGCCACGCAGACCCCCAGGGCCUGGGCAGAUGAGAGGAGGCGGGGCUCUCACAAGCGCUCAGCGUCCUGCGGGAGCACCGACCAGCUGAAGGAGAUCGCUAAGUUGCGGCAGCAGCUCCAGCGCAGCAAACGCAGCAGCCGCCAUCGAAGAGACAAGGAGCGCAAGUCUCCGUUCAAUGGUGGCCACGGCAUCAUCCAAUCACAGUCGCCGUUGCCCAAGACCAUCCUCAUCCCCAUCCCCAUCUCAAAGUCCUCAGCUCCGCGCUUCCGGAACAGCGUGGAAGGCCUCAACCAGGAGAUCGAACGCAUGCUCAUCCGCGACACGCCCGACAAGGAGGAAGUCAUCGUUCCCCAGGACGUGCCAGACGGGCACCGGGCGCCCCCCCCACUGCCCCCCCGCCGCAGCAGCAGCACGCGCAGCAUCGACACCCAGACGCCCUCGGGGGGAGGCCUGAGCGGUAACCAUAGCAACUGCAGCAGCCGGCCCGACUCGAUCUCGCCCUCCUACCUCACCAUCCUCAGUGGGGGGGGCAGCCCGUACGAGGAGAAAGAGCUGGGUCCCUGCUCGCCGCUGCCCAAGUACGCAGCGUCCCCGCGGCCCAACAACAGCUACAUGUUCAAGCGGGAGCCGCCGGAGGGCUGCGAGAAGGUCAAGGUGAUCGAGGACACCAUAUCCAAGCCACUCCAUGACAUCCCGCAGUACCUGUGUCCCGACCGCAACAAGGUCAACUUCAUCCCCAACAGCGGCUCCGCCUUCUGCCUGGUCAGCAUCCUCAAGCCCCUGCGGCCCGCGGCCGAGCUGGGCUUCCGGUCGGCGGUGGGCCUGCGCAGCCACUCGCCCUCCCUGGUGCCACUAGGGGGCCUGCGGAGCCACUCCCCCUCCCUGAGCCUGGCGCGGAGCUCCGCCCCCACCCUGGUGGAGGAGCCCGAGAGCUUUUGAUUGGACAGAAAAAAACCGAGGGAAUCGCAUCCAGACCGAAAAAAAAUGAAAAAAAUAAAUAAUUUAAAAUAAAAGUUUCUACGCUAGGAGGGCGAAACCUUCGGCGAGGUAAAACGGAAACGGCCUUUAGCAUGCUAGCUAAGCUCUCUUUUAUCUUAUCUUUUUUUUCUCUGUCACUGAUGUCGUUCUCUUGGUGAAAAAAGCUCUUCCCACUGCCUAGCCUCCACAGAAGAUGUAACAUAAAAUGGCCGCCGUGAGAGGCACUGUAUGGAUUUGAACGGUCUCAUUUCAUUGCUUUACUCCGCCUUCAGUGGCGGUUGUUUUCCUGUUUUAUCUCAGUUUGGCUUUGGGGGGGAGGGGGAGGGACAAAAAGGACAAAAAGAAAAUCGGACGACUGGACUCUCGUUUUUAUUUCAUUGUUUGAUACCAUGGCGCCUUUCCUCGAACACAUCUCUUUUCUAUCGCCUAGUUCCUUCUCUCGAUAUCAAAAAUGCCUUCCAUUCAAAAAACAACAACCCAAUGGCUGCUGGGGUCCAGCGGCGACUGGGGGACACUCGGCCAAAGGAGGCACCUUCUGGUGCUGGCAGAUAUAUCGUAGCGUAUGUCGUAGCAAAACUUGAACGGUUUUCGGGGAGAAAAACAGAACUAGGGGCAAACACGUGCCUGAUUUUAUUUGUCAUUUGUUUUCCCACUUAAAGUUCCCCUCCACACAGUGUUUAGUGACCAGGUUGUGUCAGUCGUGGUAGACCACUGCGGGAAAUGUACACUCUUUGUACUUUAGUAGCGGUAGACGGCAGCUAGGUAAAAAACCUAGAUAGCAUUCUACACAUUAACACCUCCUAGAUCCCAACCCAAAACCACUCUCUGCAAAAACCCAACCUGGACAUUUAACUAUAUUUCAACCGAUCAAAGCGCACAUGCCACGUGGUCUGCUGUAACACAACUGAGGCAAACUCGUAUCCAGCUAGCUAGCUAAAGCUUCUUGACGUGUUAAGUUUUGACAGGGCUAUGACGACGUGUCCGAAGCAUGUCCAUUCUGUGUGUUUCCUCUCUACACAACAUCGUACUACUAGCUUUUCCACUACUUCACACCCCGUCCCUUCUCUCGUUUUCAUCCAGCAUCGCGUCGUCAAGGUGAUGAUGAAGCUCCUCUUACGUUUGCUCAGCUAGUGUAGUCGUGAAUUGUCUGUGUGUCCAGAAAAAAAGAAGCCACGCCCCCUACCUUCGACCAGAACGGGCCGGGGCACGGAGAGAAACUUCCUUUAAAUACUCAGUUGUAUUAAAUACUAAUACAACUGUGAGUUGGGGGAACAUCUGCCCAAAGAGGACAUCUUAUGUUCGAAACUAAUUCAUUCCAUACACUUAAAGAAUAGAUUAUUCCGGUAAUGGGAUUCAUGCAUUAAGGCAAUCAAGAAAAUAAUUGGAUAGGUGAUUAUUUUUAAUAACUGAUUUAAAUGACAAACGAUUUGAGGAAACAUUACUUUACUGGUUCCAUAAAACAAGUCAACCAAAUAAAAAUAAAACGACAUUUGCAUGUUUCAUUGAACAGACAGAAGCCGCUGCUCAUGUGCUGAAUGGAAGUCGCGUUGUUGCAUUGGCGGAGUGGUUUAAUUGGGACCCAGUCUCCUUGCUCUGGCCCCCCCCCCCCCCCCCUGCUGUACAUGAGUCAUUACUACUCGACUGUGCCUGUUGGAGUGGAUGAAGAAUGUACUGGAUUUGUAAAUACGGAGGCGCAGUUUGUUUAUAUUACCAGCGAAGAUAUGUACUCCAACUCAAAAAAACGGUCCCCAUUAAUAUAUUUAAAAAAACUCUUAGUACGUACUAGGUCCCCAUACUGUGAAUACUGAUGAUUUUAAUGUAUUGCUUAUUUAGAAGGUUGUGUAAAUUGGGUAUUAAAGAUUGUUUUAAUCUAAUCCAA